AUGCCCAGCUGUGAGCCAGGGCCGCCCGCCGCCUGCCUGCCCACCAAGACCUUCCGCAGCUACCUUCCGCACUGCCACCGCACCUACAGCUGUGUGCACUGCCAGGCCCACCUGGCCAAACACGAUGAGCUCAUCUCCAAGUCUUUCCAGGGGAGCCAUGGCCGCGCCUACCUGUUCAAUUCUGUGGUUAACGUUGGCUGCGGGCCGGCUGAACAGCGCCUCCUGCUCACUGGGCUUCACUCUGUGGCCGACAUUUUCUGUGAGAGCUGCAAGACCACCCUGGGGUGGAAAUACGAACAGGCCUUCGAGACCAGCCAGAAGUACAAGGAGGGGAAGUUCAUCAUUGAGAUGUCGCACAUGGUGAAGGACAACGGCUGGGACUGA